AAAAUAAAUAAUAUUCUUCAGCAGUAAUGGGAGGUCACCAAUCUCGUGGAAAAGUCACAAGAGUAAGAAAAAUGAGUAAUGAUGACUCAAUUAGCAAUAAGAUUAGCGUCACUGCAGCUUCAACCUUCAGCGCAAGGACACCUAACCCAGACAAGGGGCCUCAUAGGAAGAAUAUGAGCCAGAAUCCAUUUAACCGCUCCUUUACACUGGGCCAGUCUCAACCUUUCUGAGUAAAAGGAAGGAAUUCUGAUCCUGGACCAGAGAAGGUUAAGCUAGACCUACCUAAAAUAAGCACAUGCAUAAUGAUGAUCCCCAAACCAUCGAAGAAUGUUAUUGUUGAGGAGCUGGAGGAGUACGAACUAGAAGACGAGAAAGUUUUCAAAGAACUAAUGGGAUCAAAUAACUAA